UUUUUUUAUUAAGAAAAGUAUUAUUAAAACAAUAAAAUUUAUUAUAAUUGCAUUUAAUAAAACGGAGACAAAUUGUUUUCAUUAACGAUUCAGAACUAUAUGAUAAAUACGAACUCGCCUUUUAUAUCCAUCAAUAUGGUGGAUACGCAAAAUGACUUUGACGUGUAAUUUGAAGAAGUUAAAAGAAAAUGAUGAAGGCAAGACUCGAAGCAUAUAGACGUAAAAAACAUAAAGAAGAAAUGAUAGAAUCACUUAAAAGUUCAAUAAAGGGCGUUCUACCAUGGAAUGGAAAUUCUGAUGUAACUUUGGAAAGACUGUCAAACGAAGUAUCAAACGAAGAGACAGAAAAAUUAUGUCAGACUGUUGAAACAUCAGACCAAAGAAAUAUAUCGAAAGAAAGAAUAGAGAAUUUAGAGAAUGCAGAAGAUUUAGAAAGUUUGGAGGAUGAUACUAAUAAUGUGCAAUGCAGCCUUAUGACUAAAAUAAUAUAUUUGCUAUAUUUUUCUUUAUGGGUUACGUUAUAUAUAAUUGCAAUAGAGAUAGAAUUUGGAGCUGUAUACUUUGUAAUAUCUACAUUAGUAUUAAUUUGUUUAAAUACGAGGUCGAGACCUAAAAAAAAAGGUGAGCUCAGUGCUUAUUCUGUUUUCAAUCCAAAUUGUGAAGCUAUAGAAGGAACUCUUGAUGCUUCCCAAUUUGAAAGAGAAAUUAGAUAUGGAGCUUCAAGUGUACAUUGAUUAAAGAGAUAAGGUAUAUUUAUAUUUUUAUUAAUCGCAAAUAAAUAUAUUUUUUACUUUUUUU